AAAAAAAAAGAGGAGCGGCACUGACAACAUGGCACUCAGUGCUGGACUUUGGGUUUUACUGUGAACUAUUUCUCUGCCUAUACAUAUAUAUACUGCCAUACUUCGUCUAGACUGACACAAGCUUACUGGACUGAGCAAACAUUCAGUGGGAAACAUCUGCCAAGAGUUAAGGAGAUCAAAGAUGAAGGCGUUCCUGGUCCUCGCCAUUGUGGCAUUUACAGGCUGCCAAGGCAACCUUUUCUAUGCUGAUGAGCCCAAGCCACAGCUGGAGCAGCUGACUGAUGCAUUCUGGGACUAUGUUGCCCAAGCAACACGUACUGCUGAGGACACUCUGAAGACUAUAAGAGAGUCUCAGUUGGGACAGGAAGUCAAUGCUAGAAUUACGGAAAGUGCCAACGCAGCCAGUCAGUAUGCUGUCACCCUCCAGAACAAAAUGAGCCCCCUGGCCCAGGACAUCGUGACCAAAAUCACCAAGGAGGCCGAAGUCUUGAGAGAGCGCCUGGAGACAGAUCUGACCGCUGUGAGGGACAAACUAGAGCCCUACGCUGAGGAUCUCAAGGCCCAAAUUCAGCAGAGAGUGGAGGAGCUGAGGGGGGCUGUGGCCCCAUAUGCUGAGUCCCUGGACUCCGAAGCCCUGAAGGCCACCGUGCUUCAGAAGACCGAGGAGCUUAGAGGAAGCCUGGAGGAGAGAGUGAAGGAGCUGCAGUCCCAGCUUGAGCCCUACACAGCAGACCUCAAAGAGAAAGUUGAUGAGCACCUGCAGGAAUUCCAGAAGACCGUGGCCCCCCUGGCUGAGGAUCUUCAGGCCCGUGUACUCGAGAGAACCAAGAUGGUCCAGCAGAGUCUGGCUCCCUACGCUGAGGAUCUGAAAGAGAAACUGGAUCCCUACGCCCAAAACCUGAAGGACCAGCUUGCCUCUCUUUAUGAGUCCUUCACCAAGACCAGCUAAACACUCCAAAAGACCUCUAGUAAUCGGACUGUUUUUCCACAAAAUGAAACUGUGACACUAAAAUUGUAUACAUAUGAUCAAAUGUUCCAUACUUUACCAAA